AUGAAUCCGCAGCACUUUCAGAACAUGGUGGGCGUGGGUCGAGGCAUGCCCAAUAAUAUGCAACAACAAAUGGCCAUGGCAAAUCAGAUGGGCGGGCAAAUGGCGGCACAAAUGGGACAGAUGGGCCAAAUGGGCCAAAUGAACCCCAGGCCUGGGCAAAUGGGUGCGGGAAUGGCAAGACCUAUGCCUCCGCAGAUGGCGGGACAAAUGAGCCUGAACCACCCCUCGGUUCAACAGCACAUUUUCGACAUGCUGAACUCUCAAGGGCCUUUCACCGGCUGGCAGGCCAACGUUCACAUCCGCGAACGGGCCGGUCAAAUCAAGCUACUCGUCGACUCUCUCCGUUUAGUCAGACCCCCGGUUGAGCUCCCUCGUGCAAUCGAAGUCGCGCUGCAGUUCGAGCGCAAGUGCUUCACUCAAUCUGCGAGCAGAGACGAUUAUAUUCGGGAGUGCAGCGAGAAGCUGGGGAGGAUCCGUGACCAACGCGCUCAACAGUUGAACCAGUCCGCCGGCGUUAUGCAGGGUAUGCAGGGCAUGCAAAUGCCCAACCAGAACUUUAUGCCACAAAUGCAGCCCAACCAGCAGAUGCAAAACAACAUACCCCUACCCCCACACUUGCAGCAGCUGCAACAGGGGUUACGAAGCUCGCCUAUAUUUAAUCAACCCCAGCCGAUGAUGAACCAAGCAAGCCAAUCCGUUCCCAACCAAUCUAUGGCGGCCAUGAUGCCCGGUAAUGUCCAGCAGAAGCCGAUUCAGCUUCCUGAGUUGACUCCGGAAGACAAUAAGGCGAUCAACCUGAGAGCGGCCGAGCUGGCAAAAAGCACCCCCAAGGAAGAGAUGCGUAAUAUCGUUGAGAAGAUGAACCCACAACUGCGUCAGAACUUAGCCCAGAAGGCCGUUGAUCCUAUCAUUUACUAUUUUCGUAUGCUCGCAACCAAAGAGUUCCGACGACGAAAACAAAUGGAGGCAGGAAUGGGUGGGGCCGGAAAUGUCGGCCAGACGAACAAUACUGUCAACAUGAUGGGGCAGAUGCAAAAUCAGUCGACUCAGAACUCGAUAGGUCAAGGGAUGACUGCAAAUGCCAACCCGCUUAUGGGCGACAUGGGCCGCUUCCAGGGCCAGCAGGCUGAAGGACUGAGGUCUCAAGAAGGAGGUGAAUUGGUGGUUCCCGCCAGCAACGCGCCAGGCAUGAUGCCGGACCAGUUGCGUCUUCAGCAACAGAUGAUGGCUAACCAGCGCAUGGGACAACAAAACCAGGCCAAUAACCCGGCGUUUAUUGCGCAGCAGCAGCGCAUCCAACAAGCACAGGCUACCAAGAUGCAGCAGGCCCAACUUCAGGCACAGAAUCAGGCACAGGCGCAAGCUCGCGCUCAAGCUGCGGCUGCCCAGGCCCAGGCCCAGGCCCAAAUGGCUGGCCAACGUCGAGACAUUCAAUCCAUACCUCAGUCCAGUACCCCCUUAUCUGCCAUCAAUCGGCCGGUUGGGCCUAAUGUCUCCGGAGCUAGCCCGCAAACCGUCCCCCGUCCUGGGUCUGGAACCCCUAUGAUGAACCAGCAGAUGCAGCAGAUGAAUGGCGCUAUACAACAGGGCCAGCAGCAGCAGCAGCAGCAGCAGCUGAAUAUGCAAGAAAUGCAAAAGCGCGAACAAGCACUGGCCAGCUUUCCAGUACCUCUCCAAGCAAUUCUCCGCCAAAAGCCACAGAGUGAAUGGCGUAAUAUCCUACAACAGUUUCAGCAGAGUGGUCAAAUGAGGAGGAGCAUUUCACAGCAGCCACAGGGGAUGCAAGCGCAGCAGCAGCAACUGCAGCAACAGCAAGGGCCAAUGGCCCAGAUGCAGAAUAAUGCAUUCGUUGGUGGCGCUAACAUCGGUGCAAUGCCUAUGCAACAGUCGUUGUCAGCCGGAGCUGUUUCUCAGCAGGGUCAAGAAAUGGCCGGUUUGCAGUCUGGUAACCAGGGACAAAUGCAACAUAACCAGCAGGAGAUGAUGAGACAACGCCAAAUGCAGAUGCAGCAACAGCAAAAGCAGCAGCAGCAGCAGCAACAACAGGGGCAGCCUCAGCAAGGACCUCCAAAUGCCCAGGGGCAGCCACAAGGCCCUCGUCAACAGUUGACGGCUCCACAGAUGAAGCUGAUGGAUCAGCAGCCAGUUCCCCCGACAGUCUUGAACAAUAUAAGACAGCAUGCUCAGCUGCCCGAAAUACGGACCUGGUAUCAACUCAAGCAAUGGCUGCUUUCCAAUCAAGUUGCGAAUUGGCCAAUACCUCAUGUAUUGGACAUCCAGGCGACACAUUUCGCCCACAUCAUGAAAAAUCGUGGUCAGAAUCUGCUGCAGCAGCAGCAGCAGCAGCAGCAACAACAACAACAACAACAACAGCAGCAGCAGCAGCAGCAGCAGCAGCAAAAGCAACAACAAAAUGCCAUGGCGGGUCAGCCUCCAGGACAACCGACUCAGCAAGUGCCUCAGUCUUCGAUGCCACCUGUCCCUGGCGCGGCUUCUGGUGCCUCUCCUGGACUAAUGCCAUUUCGGACUCUAACCGUGUACGAUAUUCAGAAAGUGCGGGCUGCAAAUCCUCGCCUUGCGGGCAUGCCGGACGAGCAAAUCAGAGCUUUGCUCAUCAACCGGCAUCGCCAGGUGCAACAAAAGAACAUGCAACAACAAGCAAACCAACAGGGCAUUGCUGUGGCACACCCUUUAAUGCCACUACAACCAGGCCAAGCAAACCCUCCGGGGCAGCAAUUUGGUAUCCAGGGACCUGCGCCAAAUCAAUCUCCGGCGCAGGCUCAACAGCAGGUUCGGCCGCCUUCGGCCCCAGCGCCGGGACAACCUCGUCCACCGCAGACCCCGGCGCACCCUGAGAACAAAACUCUAAAACGACCUAGCGAUGACGAGGGGAUGGAAAUGCCAGUUCCAAACAAACAAACACAACCGCAAACGGACGGCAAUAAGCCUCAAGGGUUUCAAGCUUUGACGAGGGAACAGUUCAAUGCGUUGGAUCCUGUAAAGAAACAGCAGUACAUGAAUUAUAAGCUCCAGCACGCCGCGAUGCGAAGAAUCAUGGAACUUACGAAGGAAGUUCAAGCUAGCAUGCCGAAGCUGCGAGCCAUCACCAACAUGGAUGUCAACGGGAAAAAGCGUAUGACUGACCUCUUGACAUCCGUUAAUGUGAAGAAUAUGCUUGGCAGGUUCGACUCGUUUCUUUUGGCGUUCUAUCGUAUCGAGCCGAAUGAUGCAGCCAUCAAGCAAUUAGUACUUCAGAAGAUACAGCUAUUCUCACAGUACAAACCGCAGUCGUUGCAGAACAAAUCUUUCGAACCGGCAGACGCCUUCAGUAUUACUGCUGACAACGCAGAAGGGAUCGUUAGCAAUAUUACUGCAAAGUUCCAGCAAACCGCCGCUCAAAUACCAAACAACAAAGCGCGCCCACAGCCCGCACAGCUCACGCCGGAAAAUCUCAGUUUGCUAGAAGCGCAGGAAAAAGAACGGAAACAAUCUCUUAAGAUCAACCAAGCUCCUCCUGCUCCCACAUCCACACAACCACCGUUCCAAAUUGGAGAUCCAAGAGGGCAAGGUACGCCUAGGUACGCCACACCAGGACUCAAACAAGAGGACCUCAAGCUUCCCACCGAUCCCAAGCGGCGAAAGAAGAACCAACAGCAACCUGCAAGUGCAACCACCGCCACACCUACUGUCGUGACCUCACCCCAGACGACCAAAACGCCCAAACCUGCCGAGAUGUUCAAGUGUCCCGUCAAUGGGUGCGAACACCAGCUCAAAGGAUUUGCAACUCAAGCCGAGCUUGACCAACAUCACAAUGUGGCUCACAAGUUGGACAUGGAACCUGUCACCGAUCCUCUUGCUUUUCUUCAUGACUCCCUGCGCUCUGCCUUCAACCUUGACGAUAACCUCAAGCAGAUCAAGAAGAACUUCCCAAAGCCUGAAGGCAAAGCAGCAGGUGUGAACAGCGUCAAGGGUGAAAGCUCCGCGAAUACCCCUGUACCAAUGUCGAAGAUUCCCAGUCAAGGCCCUGCAGGCACGGCAACAAAAGAUAGUGACGUCAACAUGGAUGACGAUGACCCGUGGAAACACAGUAACAUCACAUUGGAUCAACUUCGUGUUGCCUUUGGUGGCGAUGAUUGGGACGAGCUCUUUCCGUCCGAGGAAAAGCUGUUUGAGCAACAGUCCAAGUUCUAUGAGGCCUACCGUAACACCAGCGAACGGUGGCAGAAAAUCGUCGAGGGCCCACAUGGAGCUUUGACUGAUACAUCGACCGAAAAGUCCAAGAGUCCAGAAAUUGCCAGUGACAAGGAAGGUUCUGCUGCGACCGCGUCGCGUGAGGACAAGAAAGAAUCAGCGAAGAAGGCGGAUGACGAUCAGUGGAAGGUCAACCUUGAUGGAAUUGAGGGCCUUGAUCUCAGCGGUUUUGGAGACAUGUCCCCAUUUGAAAAUAUCGGUGACCUGGACGUCGUCAUGGGCGAGGACGGUUCCCCGUUCGAGCAGGUCGAAAAACCACAGUUAUCGACCGAACAGAGACAUCUCCAAGCUCUAGGAGUCGACCUUGAGCAUCCAGAGAAUUGGACUAAACAAGAGAGGGCGCUAGCGGAAUUUCUGUUGGAUAUGUGA